GCUCCUGGGUGACGUGGCUGAUCCUCGCGGCAGGCUCCAUGGAAGAGAAGCGGGAAGUCUUCUCGUACUUGGUUCAUGUGGCCAAAUGCUGUUGGAACAUGGGCAACUACAAUGCCGUCAUGGAGUUCUUGGCCGGCCUCAGGUCACGGAAAGUUUUAAAAAUGUGGCAGUUCAUGGACCAGUCUGACCUGGAGACCAUGAGGAGCCUGAAGGACGCCAUGGCCCAGCACGAGUCUUCCUGUGAAUAUAGGAAGGUGGUGACGCGGGCGCUGCACAUCCCCGGCUGCAAGGUGGUUCCGUUCUGCGGGGUGUUCCUGAAGGAGCUCUGUGAGGUGCUGGACGGGGCCUCCGGCCUCAUGAAGCUUUGCCCGAGGUACAAUUCACAGGAAGAAACUUUAGAGUUUGUAGCCGAUUAUAGUGGACAAGAUAAUUUCUUACAACGAGUGGGACAGAAUGGCUUAAAGAAUUCAGAAAAGGAGUCCACUGUCAACAGCAUCUUUCAGAUCAUCAGGAGCUGCAGUCGAAGUCUGGAGACAGAGGAGGAGGACAGCCCCAGUGAUGGGAACAGCUCAAGGAAAAAUUCCCUGAAGGAUAAAGCCCGAUGGCAGUUUAUAAUUGGAGAUUUGUUGGAUUCCGAAAAUGACAUCUUUGAGCAGCCCAAAGAAUGGGACUCUCAUGGAUCGGAAGAGCCACAGAAAGCCUUUGACCAUGGGACAGAGCUCAUCCCAUGGUACGUGCUGUCCAUCCAAGCUGAUGUGCACCAGUUCCUGUUGCAGGGGGCCACAGUCAUCCACUAUGAUCAGGACACGCACCUCUCUGCCCGCUGCUUCCUCCAGCUUCAGCCUGACAAUAGCACCUUGACCUGGAUAAAACCCACCACUGCUUCCCCAGCCAGUGCUAAAGCAAAACUUGGUGUGCUCAGUUACACGUCUGAGCCUGGCAAAUUCCCGUUACUGGGCAAUGCUGGAUUAAGUGGCCUGGUGGAGGGGAUCUUGGAUCUGUUUGCAGCAAAGGCUGUGUACAUGGGACACCCUAACAUUGAUAUACACACUGUGUGUGUUCAGAACAAACUGAGUAACAUGUCUCUCUCAGAGACUGGUGUGACACUGCUCUAUGGGCUGCAGACCACGGACAAUAGAUUAUUGCACUUUGUGGCACCAAAGCACACAGCUAAAAUGCUCUUCAGUGGAUUGUUGGAGCUCACUAGAGCUGUGAGGAAGAUGAGGAAGUUCCCUGACCAAAGACAGCAGUGGCUGCGGAAACAGUACGUCAGCCUCUACCAGGAGGAUGGACGAUAUGAAGGCCCAACUUUGGCUCAAGCUGUGGAGCUGUUUGGUGGCAGACGAUGGAGUACUCGAAACCCCAGCCCUGGGACAUCAGCAAAGAGCGCCGAGAAGCCCAACACCUUAAGUAUAAGCAACGCCAAGAAAAAGAAGAAAAUCCUUAUGAGGGGUGAGAGUGGAGAGGUGACGGAUGAUGAGAUGGCCACCCGCAAGGCCAAAACACACAAAGAGAGUCGGAGUCGGAGUGGUUCUGAUCCUCAAGAUGUCAAUGAACAAGAAGAAUCAGAGGCAAAUGCCAUCAUGAACCCUCCCAACCCUCUCCCUUCCAGAAGAGCCCACUCCUUGACCACGACUGGGCCGCCUACCUUGGCUGCCGGGACAUCAUCUCCCAUCAGGCCAGUGUCCUCCCCUGUGCUGCCUGCUUCCAACAAGAGCCCGACCAGUGCUUGGAACAGCAGCAGCUGCUGGCCAGGGAAGAUCAAAGGAGGGAUGCAGGGCUUUCAGAGCUUCAUGGUUUCAGACAGCAGCAUGAGUUUUGUGGAAUUUGUUGAGCUGUUCAAAUCAUUCAGUGUGAGGAGCCGCAAGGACCUAAAGGAUCUCUUUGACAUCUACGCCGUACCCUGUGACCGAGCUGGCUCUGAGGCAGCCCCCCUCUAUACCAACCUGACCAUUGAUGAAAAUAUCAGCGGUCUUCAGCCUGACCUAGAUUUGUUGACCAGAAAUGUCUCAGAUUUGGGGUUAUUCAUCAAGAGUAAACAGCAGCUGUCUGACAACCAGAGGCAGAUAUCGGAUGCCAUUGCUGCUGCAAGUAUUGUGACAAAUGGCACCGGAGUGGAGAGCACAUCUCUGGGUGUGUUUGGAGUCGGCAUCCUCCAGCUCAAUGACUUCCUAGUGAAUUGCCAAGGAGAACACUAUACUUAUGAUGAAAUCCUCAGCAUCAUCCAGAAGUUCGAGCCUAGUGUUAGUAUGUGUCAUCAAGGCCUAAUGUCAUUUGAAGGAUUUGCAAGGUUUCUAAUGGAUAAAGAUAAUUUUGCCUCGAAAAAUGAUGAGUCACAGGAGAACGUUAAAGAGAUGCAGCUGCCCCUCUCCUACUAUUACAUUGAAUCUUCACACAACACCUACCUCACGGGCCAUCAGCUCAAAGGAGAAUCCUCAGUAGAACUCUACAGCCAGGUCCUCCUGCAAGGCUGUAGGAGUGUAGAGUUGGACUGCUGGGACGGAGAUGAUGGAAUGCCCAUCAUUUAUCAUGGACACACCCUGACAACCAAGAUCCCCUUCAAGGAAGUGGUUGAAGCCAUCGAUCGCAGUGCCUUCAUCAACUCUGACCUGCCCAUCAUCAUAUCGAUUGAGAACCACUGUUCAUUGCCUCAGCAACGAAAAAUGGCAGAAAUUUUCAAGACUGUGUUUGGAGAAAAACUGGUGGCUAAAUUCUUAUUUGAGAGUGAUUUCUCGGAUGAUCCGAUGCUCCCCUCGCCUGACCAACUCAGAAGGAAAGUGCUUCUCAAAAAUAAGAAGUUAAAAGCCCAUCAGACACCAGUGGAUAUCUUAAAGCAAAAGGCUCAUCAGCUAGCAUCCAUGCAAGCUCAGGCUUAUAACGGUAGCAAUGCCAACUCCCCACCUGCUAAUAAUGAGGAAGAGGAAGAUGAAGAGGAUGAAUAUGAUUAUGAUUAUGAAUCCCUCUCUGAUGACAACAUUCUAGAAGACAGACCUGAAAAUAAAUCAUGUAAUGACAAACUUCAGUUUGAGUAUAAUGAGGAAAUCCCCAAGAGGAUAAAGAAAGCGGAUAACUCUGCUUGCAACAAAGGAAAGGUUUAUGACAUGGAACUGGGGGAAGAAUUUUAUCUUCCUCAGAAUAAAAAGGAAAGCAGACAGAUUGCACCAGAGCUUUCUGACCUUGUCAUCUAUUGCCAAGCAGUAAAAUUCCCAGGCCUGUCAACUCUAAAUGCAUCUGGCUCUAGCAGAGGAAAAGAAAGGAAAAGCAGGAAGUCCAUUUUUGGCAACAAUCCGGGCAGAAUGAGCCCCGGGGAGACAGCACCAUUUAACAAAACAUCUGGAAAAAGUUCCUGUGAAGGAAUGCGACAGGCCUGGGAGGACUCUCCUUUCUCCGUCAACCCAACCACCUCCCUCAGCGCUAUCAUUAGAACUCCCAAAUGCUACCAUAUCUCCUCGCUGAAUGAAAAUGCCGCCAAACGUCUAUGUCGCAGGUAUUCUCAGAAACUGAUCCAGCACACCGCCUGCCAGCUGCUGAGGACGUACCCAGCUGCCACUCGCAUUGACUCUUCCAACCCCAACCCCCUCCUGUUCUGGCUCCAUGGGAUACAGCUCGUGGCACUCAACUACCAGACAGAUGAUCUCUCUUUACAUUUGAAUGCUGCCAUGUUUGAGGCCAAUGGUGGCUGCGGUUAUGUUCUGAAACCCCCAGUUCUGUGGGACAAGAACUGUUCCAUGUAUCAGAAGUUCUCCCCCUUGGAAAGAGACCUGGACAACCUGGAGCCUGCCGUCUAUUCUUUAACUAUUGUCUCUGGGCAGAACGUGUGCCCGAGUAAUAGCACCGGGAGCCCAUGUAUUGAGGUCGAUGUCCUGGGCAUGGCCUUGGACAGCUGCCACUUCCGCACGAAGCCCAUCCACCGCAAUACUCUGAACCCCAUGUGGAAUGAACAGUUCCUCUUCCGGGUUCACUUCGAAGAUCUCAUAUUUGUUCGUUUUGCUGUCGUGGAGAACAACAGCUCGGUGGUCACUGCUCAGAGAAUCAUCUCCCUCAAGGCUCUAAAGCGAGGAUAUCGACAUCUUCAGCUGCGAAAUCUCCACAAUGAAGUCUUGGAAAUCUCUAGUUUAUUCAUAAACAGCAGGAGGAUGGAAGAAAAUUCCUCGGGCAAUACUGUGCCGGCCUCUCUGAUGUUUAAUACAGAAGAAAGAAAAUGUUUGCAGACUCACAGAGUCACAGUGCAUGGCGUCCCAGGUCCAGAGCCCUUUACUGUUUUCUCUAUAAACGGAGCCACUAAGGCAAAGCAGCUUCUCCAACAAAUUCUCGUUAUGGAUCAAGAUACCAAACCUAUUGCCACAGACUAUUUUUUAAUGGAGGAAAAAUAUUUCAUAUCUAAAGAGAAGAAUGAAUGUAGGAAACAACCAUUCCAGAGAGCCAUUGGUCCAGAAGAAGAGAUUGUGCAAAUUUUAAGCAGCUGGUUUCCAGAAGAGGGAUACGUUGGCAGGAUUGUCUUAAAAACCCAGCAGGAAAACCUGGAGGAGAGGAACAUUGCACAAGAUGACAAGGAGGUGCUCCUGAGCUCAGAGGAGGACAGCUUCUUUGUCCAGGUGCAUGACGUUUCCCCCGAGCAACCGCGCACGGUCAUCAAAGCGCCCCGUGUCAGCACCGCGCAGGACGUCAUUCAGCAGACCUUAUGCAAAGCCAAAUAUUCCUAUAGCAUCCUGAGCAACCCCAACCCGAGUGACUAUGUGCUUUUGGAAGAGGUGGUGAAAGACACCGCCAACAGGAAGUCUUCCACCCCAAAGGCCUCCCAGCGUGUCCUUUUGGAUCAGGAGUGUGUGUUUCAAGCUCAAAGCAAGUGGAAAGGUGCAGGAAAAUUCAUCCUUAAGCUAAAGGAACAGGUGCAGGCAUCUCGUGAAGAUAAAAAAAAAGGCAUCUCUUUUGCAAGCGAACUCAAGAAGCUCACCAAGACUAAACAGCCCCGAGGACCCACAUCACCUUCUCAGGUCUUGGCCUCAGAAAAUAUCCAAAAUAAGGAAGAGAAACCUAUGGGUGGCAUGCCUUCCAGUGACGCCACAGACUACCGACAGUGAGCAAGAUAGCACAGUUUACCCAGAGUUCUAAGAUUUAAAAUCCUUGAGAGACCAACAGCAUGGUGAAGGCAUUCUUGCUUAUAUUACACAGCUGCAUCAUCUGUCUGCAUCACAAUCAGGUGAAGAUCUUUUGGCAAGAAGUUAAAACCAAGAACAAACAUAAUGGAGACAAAUAUAAGUCCCUUAUUUUCAUAAACUAAACUGGAAACUUAACGAUUUCUGAACUCUUGAUACGAGGUCCACGCUGAGGUCAAGCAAAAUGGUACAGGCCUUGCUAUCAACUGGUUUCCUACUGAAUGAAGCAAAGAAGCCCAGCAGACUGCCAUUUUACAUGUCAACAGUUGGAAAAACCACCGCUAAGCUUGCAAUAAUUGACUUAGAACAGGAGUCAGCAAACUUUUGUAAAGGGCUAGUCAGUAAAUAUCUUCGUUCUUAUGGGCCAAAUGGUCUCUGUUGCAGUGACUCAGCUUAGCGCAAAAGCAGCCAUAGACAAUACAUACAUGAUUGAAUGUGGUGGCUGUGAUCCAAGGAAACUAUUUAAAGACAUUGGAAUUGGAAUUGUAUAUCAUUUUCCCAUGGCAUAAAUAUUCCUCUUUGGAUUUUUUUAAAAAAUCAUUUUAAAAUGUAAACUAUUCUUAGUUCAACAGCCACACAAAAGCAGGUGGCAGGCUGGAUUUGGCUCAAGGGCCACAGUUUGCUGACCUGACUUAGAAAACUGGGAACAAGAUGCACAGAGGUAAGAAAACAAGCAGGCUAGUUUAGUCAUACCUAUUAUGGCUAAGAAUUGGAAGCUUUGGGGCAUUGCACAUGUAAAUAUGUCCUUUAGGACUCAUUAAAAAAUAAUUCAACCUA